GAGCGGAAGUGUUUUGUGGGAUUUUAUUCGUAAUAGUGAAAAGUGAGGGGCAAUGGCCCGUACUAAGCAGACUGCCCGUAAGUGUACUGGUGGCAAAGCUCCACGUAAACAGCUGGCUACCAAAGCUGCAAGGAAAAGCGCUCCCUCUACUGGCGGCAUCAAGAAACCUCGUCGCUACAGGCCUGGUACUGUGGCUCUGUGUGAGAUUCAUCGUUACCAAAAAUCCACAGAGCUCCUGAUCCGUAAGCUUCCAUUCCAGAGGCUCGUAAGGGAGAUCGCACAAGACGUUAAGACAGACUUGAGGUUCCAGAGUGCAGCUAUUGGUGCACUGCAGGAGGCUAGUGAAGCAUAUCUGGUGGGUCUCUUUGAAGGCACAAACCUGUGUGCCAUCCAUGCCAAGAGAGUUACCAUCAUGCCCAAAGACAUCCAGUUGGCUCUUAGGAUACAGCAGGAGAGAGCUUAAAAGGAGGCAGCUUUUAUGGUGUUUUGUAGUAAAUUCUGUAAAAUACUUUGGUUUUGAUUCGUGAUUUUUUGGUAUGAAAUUGUU